AUGUCCAGCGACAACAAGCAACUCGGCGACCUCGCAACACAGCUCGUCACCGAAUCGCGUCGUUCAACCGCAACAGACACGCUCUUCAAAUACAAUGACACGCUCGUUCGCACCCUCAUCCGCGAGCAACGCGGUCUCGAAGCACUCAUCACCAACGCCCUCGACUCCAUGCCAGACAACCCAAACGCCAACCAAGUACCACCGUCGUUCAUCAUUCACCAGACAACUCUCAUGCGCAACAAGCGAUGUUUACUUGCUUACCACCAACACCGCAUGAACUUCCUCAAGUCAUUAUACUGGUCCCUUGGCGGUGCUCUCCCUCCUAUCCUAUCAAACUCACAAAUCCGAGCGAACCUAGCACCCCAUGAAGUUGACUUUAUACGCGAAUACAACACGAUGGUCGUCGAUUUCCGAGCAGACUUUACGGACGAGCUCGAUAUUACGAGCAGCAUACUACAUCCACCAAAGGACAUCCACGUCCUCGUACGGGUUGUGCGGGAUUGCGGCGUGAUAGAAACGGAACUGGGAGCAAUCGACUUUCAAAAGGGUCAACGAUUCAUGGUCCGUCGAGCGGAUGUCGAACACUUGCUCGUACAGGGUUACCUGGAGGAAAUCACUAGCUAGCGUCUCUCCUUUUCAUUAUUCUCUGUUUCAGCUCGCCGAACCGCACGUAUUCCUAACUGCAAGCCCUUUGUCGAGUACCCAAAUUAUGUCCAAUAUAUGCA